UUCUGUGGCGCCAAGAUGGCGAUGGAGAUGAGGCUUCCCGUGGCUCGCAAGCCUCUCAGCGAGAGCAUGGGCCGCGAUACUAAAAAACAUCUGGUGGUUCCGGGGGACACGAUCACCACGGACACGGGAUUCAUGCGGGGCCAUGGAACUUACAUGGGGGAAGAGAAGCUCAUUGCAUCUGUGGCUGGCUCAGUGGAGAGGGUAAACAAGUUGAUCUGUGUGAAAGCUUUGAAAACCAGAUAUAAUGGUGAAGUAGGAGACAUUGUGGUGGGGAGAAUCACAGAGGUUCAACAGAAGAGGUGGAAGGUGGAGACCAACUCUAGGCUGGAUUCGGUCUUGCUUCUGUCAUCCAUGAAUCUUCCUGGAGGAGAGCUGAGGAGAAGAUCUGCAGAAGACGAGCUGGCCAUGAGAGGUUUCUUGCAGGAAGGGGAUCUUAUCAGUGCGGAGGUGCAGGCGGUGUUCUCCGACGGAGCUAUCUCUCUGCACACGAGGAGUCUGAAAUACGGCAAACUAGGCCAGGGGGUGUUGGUCCAGGUUUCCCCCUCCCUGGUCAAACGGCAGAAGACUCACUUUCAUGAUUUGCCCUGUGGGGCCUCAGUGAUUCUUGGUAGCAACGGCUUCGUCUGGAUCUACCCCACACCCGAGCACAAAGAAGAGGACGCGGGGGGCUUCACUGCAAACCUGGAGCCCGUCUCCCUCACCGACCGAGAGGUGAUCUCCCGGCUCCGGAACUGCAUCGUCUCGCUGGUCACCCAGAGGAUGAUGCUGUAUGACACCAGCAUCCUGUAUUGCUACGAGGCAUCCCUUCCACACCAGAUCAAAGACCUCUUAAAGCCAGAAAUAAUGGAGGAAGUAGUUAUGGAAACGCGCCAGAGGCUUUUAGAACAGGAGGGGUGA